UCCGGGAAAAUUUGCAGCAGCUGUUUUAUUUUUGAGGCCACAAAAUUCGAUUUUUCAUUCGAAAUGGAUAUGAUCUCGCAAAAAAAUGGCAUUGUUGCUGCUGGGGGUGAUGUUAUGGAGCAUCCACCAUCAGGAGACAAGUAUGGCCUGAUUGACAACGAGCUUGGGACAGCAGCUCAUGAGACUGUCAAUGAUGCUUCACCGAGUCCAACCAGUGCCAAGGAGACGCUGCCGCUGGCAAGGGACCAGAGGGGGGAAGAAGAAGGAACCAACAAAUGUUACAAGAAGGGUGAUGGCCUAAAGAUGAUCGUCGGAUCCAGCUUGGCUUUUGCCGUGGUCGUAACAACUGCUCUCAUCAUGCAGAUAUAUCUCGGACCUCCCCAGGUGGAGCCACAUGGUGCAGUCUCAUCAGAAUCCAAACUCUGUUCCGUUAUCGGGACCGAUGCCCUGAAGGCUGGAGGCUCAGCGGUGGAUGCGGCCAUCGCCACCAUGUUCUGCGUUGGAGUCGUGAGUUCUCAUCACUCCGGCAUAGGUGGCGGCCAUUUCAUGGUCGUCCAUGAUCACAAGACAUCAGUGACUAAUGUGAUUGAUGCGCGGGAGACAGCGCCAAUGCACGCCAACAAGAGCAUGUUUGUGACAAACCCGGCAUCGGCGUACAAGAUAACUCCUCACCACCCAAGCAAGAUCAAAUAUGGAUGGGUUGAUCCUGUUGCGGGAGGAAAUGCAGUUGCUGUGCCCGGUGAACUGCGCGGCAUGAAAAUGGCUCAUGACAAGUAUGGAAGCCUUUCGUGGCGUGACCUCGUUAUGCCUGCUGUAAAAGUGGCCCGGGGAGGAUUCAAAGUCAACAAAGGCCUUGCCCACGUCUUAGACCACCACAUGAAACUAACGGAUUUCGAAGACAGCCCAGAACUCGCGAAGAUUUUCAUACGGAACGGCAAGUUCCUCCAAGAGGGCGACAUCAUCAAGAGACCCAAACUUGGAGACACGCUUGAGCGCAUCGCAAAUGAGGGGAUCGAACCAUUUUAUUCGGGAACUAUCGCUGAUGAUAUCAUCAAGAAAAUUCAGAAGACCAAUGGCCGUAUGACCAAAGAUGAUCUGAAGGGCUACAAAGCAAUUCUAAAACCACCUGUUAAGAGUAUAUUCAACGAUUACACCAUCUACACUGUGCCAGCUCCAUCAAGCGGUCCAGCUCUUCUGCUCAUUCUCAAUAUCAUGAAGGGCUACAACCUGACAAUGGAAUCAAUGUCAGAGGCGACGACUUAUGGAAGACUCAUUGAGGCUCUUAAAUUUGGCUAUGGAGAGAGAUUAACCCUUGCUGACCCGGCAAUGAAUGAUCAGAUUGAAAACAUCACUCAGGAUAUGAUAAGCGACGCAAGGGCAGAUGCAAUCCGCCUAAAAAUCGACGACACUAAGACAUUCCAACAGAGUUACUACUCACAGUUCAACUCCAAGCCAAGCGGCGGGACGUCACAUAUUUCGGUGGUUGAUACGAAUGAGAUGUUCGUCAGUGUAACCAGUUCCAUAAACUACUGGUUUGGUUCCAAACUCAUGACAGAAGGAGGAAUUAUUCUCAACAACGAAAUGGCCGACUUCUCCAUUCCUGGGCAGACGUCAAAGUUUGGCAUGCCUCCAAGUCCGGCCAACGAGAUUGCUCCCGGGAAGCGCCCUCUGUCCUCCAUGGUGCCAACCUUAGUCAUGCAUACAGAGCAUAAAUGUGGGCCUCGCAUUGCGGUUGGUGCAACGAAUGGAACAAAAAUAAUAUCAGGAGUGGUUGAGGUCCUGUUGAACUACCUGGUUGGGCAAGACUCGUUAUCGGAAUCUAUAGACAGGCCUCGGAUACACAAUCAGCUCUUCCCCGACGUAACAGAGUACGAGAAGGGCUUCCCUCAGACUGCUGUAACAUUCCUCAAGGGCAUGGGAAACACGGUCCAGCUAGCACCAGAAGCAAUCAACAUCGUCUCGGCCAUAGCCAAGGUGAAUGAUACGAUAAAGGCCCAUGUGGACUAUCGUAGCGGCGGUGGGAACUAUUCGCAAUAUUAGACACAGUCAGCUGAUAGAUAGCGCUACUUAUUCUCUUUGAACAAACAUGAACUAACAUUAACUUGAUAAAAAAGGCGUAGGAGAGGUCAUUUUGCCUGAGGAAGGGACAUAUUACAAAGAUGAAAGGGACUUUGGUAGUCAAUUUCAAUAAUCUUUUUUGCACUGGGGAAUUUCGUGGCCAGAUUUAAAGAUUUUUCCAACAGGUGGGUCUUUCACACUCCCAAACCCCUCCUGGCCUACGCAUGUAUUAGUUGGCAAAUCUAGUUAUCGAACAAUGCUUUUUUCAGCAGAAGUGUUCCAAAUUCUCGGUUAUUCCUGCUUAUGUUAGCUCAUAUGAUAUCGUGCAAUGGUAGAAGUUAGUAGAUUUUCUCUGUCCCCUUCGUGCCAAGGUGAAUCUCAUAAAAGAGACAUAAGCAUUAGUGUAUCACUACAUGUGGCGGCGCCUGGUUUCAAAUAUGUACACUAUCCUCAUGAUCACUAAAAUGCUAAGUUGUCCCUUUUAACCCCGUAACAAUGGGACAGAGCUGAGUGAAUCGAAGCAUAGUGUUGCCUGUUUCAUCAAUCAUGGUUGUUGUUGACAAAAUUUAAUCUCUGUUUAUGUUGUUGACUUCUCAAUAUUUUAUGGUCUUUGAUGAAAUAGCUGUUACCAUGUAGUAGUUCACCUGACUAUAUAAUGUAUAUGAUAGAUAAUUUCGGGCUGUAGACUGGGCGAUUGCAAGUCCUUUUCAAAUGUCACUCCAUUCACACUUGAGAACCAACACAACCAUUUCCAAUGGCAUUCCUCAGUAGGAACUGCUGAACCAAUUGCUAGCACUUAUGCAUCGUCUAGUUCUCUGGGUGUGCAGAAUUCGUUUUUGUUCCCAGACUGUGAUAUUUUUGGUUUGCAGAGCACAUCUUAAUCCAAAUAUGGAUGAGACUUUCCUGAUAUUGUAUACCUUGACCAUCAGAUCACAUUCCAACAUCCUCCCUCAACAGGCCUUUGUUGCAUUCCCUUAAAUACACUGAAUCAAACCUCUGCUGACAUUUGCCCGAUUUGGUGAGAGAACUUGGCUGUUACAGCAAGUGUGCAUCACCCCACUGUCACCCAUUUCCGCAGGGCUAUGUGCAAGUCUAUUUCAGAAACGGUCCCAAGCCCAGUUGUGGGAGGAUGCUUUUCAUUUGGAUGUGCAAGACCAUUCCGUUGCUAGCAAAAAAUUCCAACACAUUCUUAUUUCUUGUUGUAUCUCCACACAUUCUAAUAAUUAUGAUUUAUCAUUUCUAUUAUUCCAUAAAUUUUAUUACAAAUAUUUAAAUAUUGUAUACUCUGUUAAACUUUAAGUGUAAAUAGCUCGUUAUUUAUUUUUUGUCGCAGCAAAUACUAUGGUGAUAUUAUAUCAUGUAUGGUAUUAAAUUGUAUGCUAGUAUAUUAGUUUAUAUUCUAUGGGUCACAAUAAAGGUUGUUUAUUGGAA